UCUGGCUGCUCUUCACAUCCAUCAGACCUUCUUCAGCUCUGGAGAGAACCUGCUGGAUCCACCACAUGCCUCUGAAAGUCUUGAGUCUGAGGUAGGCUUCUACUGCUCUGCUGUGGACCAGGCCUUACAGAGUCCAAACGGACAUCUGGACCUAUUCCUGCGCUUCCUCCUGGGGUUGUCUCUGCCGACCAAUCAGAGUCUGUUGCAGGGUCUGCUGACUCAGACAGAAAGUAGCUUAAGGAUUAAUCAGGAGACAAUAAAGUACAUCAAACAGAAGCUGAAUGAAAAGGGUCUGUCUGCAGAGAGAAGCCUGAACCUGCUCUACUGUCUAAAUGAGCUGAAUGACCACAGUCUGGUGCAAGAGAUACAGCGGUACAUGAGAGAUGAUGAGAUCUCCAGGUUAAGUUCUCCUGCUCAGUGGUCGGCUUUGUCCUUCCUUUUAUUGUCCUCAGACUCAGACCUGCAAGAGUUUGACCUGAGGAAAUACUGUCCGACAGAGAUGGCUCUCCUGAAUCUCCUGCCAGUGGUCAGAGCCUCCACCAAAGCCCUUCUUUGUGGCUGUGGCCUGUCCCCUCACAGCUGUGCUCCUCUGGCCUCAGUCCUCAGCUCCUCCAGUCUCACACACCUGGAUCUCAGUUACAACGACCUCCAGGACUCAGGAGUGAAGCUGUUUUGUUCUGGACUGGAGAGCGCCCCCUGCAGACUGGAGACGCUUAGUCUUUGUGGCUGUGGUCUGUCCCCUCACAGCUGUGCUCCUCUGGCCUCAGUCCUCAGCUCCUCCAGUCUCACACAUCUGGAUCUCAGUAACAACGACCUCCAGGACUCAGGAGUGGAGCUGCUGUGUUCUGAACUGGAGAGCGCCCCCUGCAGACUGGAGACGCUCAGCCUGUCUGGAUGUCUGGUCACAGAGAGGGGCGGGGCUGCUCUGGCCUCAGCUCUGAGAUCCACCUCCUCCCAGCUCAGAGAGUUAGACUUGAGCUACAACCAUCCAGGACCCUCCGCCGAGCUCCUCACCGCUCUACGGGAUGACCCACACUACCCCCUGCUGUCUGUCAGGUUGGAUCCUGCUGGAGAGCGCUGGAUGGUCCCAGGUCUGAAGAAGUAUUUCUGUGUGUUUUCUCUGGAUCCAAACACAGCUCACAGAAACCUCAAACUGUCUGAGGACAAACGGACUGUGACCCAUGUGAGAGAGGAGCAGCAGUAUCCAGAUCAUGAGGACAGAUUUGCAGGCUGGUAUCAGGUCCUGAGCGGCACUGGCCUGAGGGGGCGCUGUUAUUGGGAAAUGCAGUGGAGGGGGUGGGGCAUUGAAAUAGCAGUGAGUCACAGAGGAAUCAGACGGAGAGGACCAAGAGAGGAGUGUGUGUUUGGACGCAAUGAUCAGUCCUGGAGUCUGAGGGUUGAUGGUGAAGAUUACAGUUUCAAUCACAACGACAGACAAAUAGAGCUAUCCUCCUCCAUCCGUUCCUUAGGUCGAGUGUCUGUGUUCCUGGACUCUGAGGCUGGAUCUCUGUCCUUCUAUGAAGUCCGCUUUGGUGGAGAAUUGUUCCCCCUCCACACCUCCAGCUUCUCCUUCACUGAGCCUCUGUUUCCUGGGUUUGGACUGUGGUAUGCAGAUUCCUCUGUGUCUGUUGUGGACAAAAUUACAUAUGUCUAGAAGAGAAAUAAUUAAUCCAUUUGCAAAGUCCGAUGAGUUUUUGGAAUAUAGACCAAGAUUUAUUCUUGUUACAGCAGAUAUGGACGGGGCCUAGGCCUUCCCUGGCAAGAGCCCAACAGCCUCUCUCCACCAGCAGCAUGUCCCUACCACAUCUUGCCCUAUCUUCCAAGUAUCUCCCCCAGUCUCUGCCCCAGAGUAUUUAAGAUCUGAGUAUUUAUACAGAAAUAUAAGGUACAUACAUAUCAAAGCAGAGUGGCUUUUGUUUCAGAGGCUUGUGCUAAAUUAACAUACAGUUGAGGAGAGGUAAGACAACAAAAGGCUUCCUGAAGGAGACAGUUGUGUCUGAUGAACCUUUACACAUGUUAACGACUGAUCUGGUCUCAGGUAGAAAUCACAUUUAUUUACAUAAAGAGAGAUUGAGCGAAAUCUUUCCAUAAUAUAAAUUUCUAUCACAGUGUCUGUGGUGGAUCUGUGAUGGAUCUGGCGAGAGUGCCCACUGGUGGACAUAUGUGACUCUUUUAUGAUAGAAUGAUUCUUUCCAUCAAUGUGACCUAAAUCAGUAAAAAUGUCAAUAAAAAAUAAACACUUUAAAAAUGACACAACAAUUAAAAAAAUGCUGAAAUAUACAAAAAAUGUAAAAGAUAAAAAGGAAAUAGUUAUAAAAUGGGGAAAACAAUCAACAGAAAUUAGAAAUAAAUUUAAUUAAAAUACUAAAUUAAAACUAAAUAUCUAUAAAAUAAUAAAAAAUAUUUAUUUUAAAACACGAUACAAACUAAGAAAACAAGAAAUAUGGAAAUCUUGCAACAGUAAUGAAUAAAAAAUAGCAGAAGGUUCAUUAAAACAGGAGGCUAUAAAGCACUUUGGGUGUCUUGAAAGGUGCUAUAUAAAUGAAAUGAUUAAUUAUUUCAUUAAUAAUACUGAGAAAAAAAAAACUGUCUGAAAUUAGAAAUGUAGUUUAAUCUCUCAUUUCUAUUAGUGACAUGGUCUAUUCUCCCGCUAUAUUUCUCCACACGACAACAUCUGGGACGGCAUCUGACACACCACAACAGAUCCAAGGGCCACAUGACUCCAGGUGGAACAGGUCCUUCAGGUUUAGAAAUGACGCUGAUGCUGUACGUGUGUCCGAUAAAUGAAAUACAUCCAGGGCAUCUGUGGUCUUCUGUCUUUGAUGGUGAAAAUAAAAACUUGGCUGAUGUUAGACUAGAUUCAAAUUCUGCCCAUACUUUGUCUUAUUUUUAUAGCACUGAAAUAUGAAAUAUAGACGGUCAAAUAAAUCAACAUCUACAAGUAACAUGGAACUAAACACAAAAUCCACUUUUUUUUUGCUACUAAACUGUAUGUAGUGUUUUAACAACAUUAUCUAUUGUAUUAGUUGUUUAUAGAUCAUUUAAGUGAAAGAUACAUUUGCAGUUUUGUGGUUGAACAUGUAUAAAAAUGGAUGUGUCCUUGCUUCAGUGGUUUAACAGUUUAGCAGCUCUAUUUGAGUGUCAUUCAUUCAUUCAUUCAUUCAUUCAUUUCAUUAAUUUAUUUGUUUGAGUCAGGUACAGCAAAAUUCAAAAACAAUAACCAAAAUAGUGAUAUGUACAUGAACAUAUUUGGGACCUGGUGCUCAAAAGGAGUAGGAUGAAGUUUUAAAAACUUAUGGAGUCAUACCCCAAUUGUUUUACAUAAUCAAGUGGUUCUUUUUUUUUUUUUUUUUUUUAAAUCACCUUUGGAGUGCUUACCUGUCAUUUGCAAAAAUAUACCCACAUAUAUGCAAAAACAUAUCCACACAUACAUACAUAUACAUGUACAUACAUAUGUACAUACAUACAUACAUACAUACAUCAUAGAUAUUCAGUACAUAUACUCAAUAUAAAUGUUUAUGCACAUAUGCAUAACACACAUAUACAUACAUGCAGAAACUAAUUUUCAUUUAUGGUCGUACAAACUAAUAAUAAUGUUUUCGUAGGCACAAAGUUUAUCACAUAUGAUCGUACAAAAUAAACAGUAAUGAGAAUGAAAAAUUUAAGGAUUUUCUUGUUUUCGUUUCUGAUCGUACAAACUAAUAAUAGUAAUGAAGAAGGCACAAAAGUUUAUCGUGUAUGCUUGUACCAAAAUAAACAGU